AUGCCCAACGGACUCACCUAUCUUAGCUUACGAUGUGUUUUGGAGUAUCUCGAUGCGCUGAAGCGAAUUCCCAUCACACUACGAAGCCGUGUCCUUCAACGAAUCGCCACCCGGAUCCCUCUCCGAAUAAAGAACAUUGAUAUACAUAAUAGACAAGUGAUCAUUGACAAUAAGCCUCUCCAACCCAAUCGGUUUUGGAAGAUGACGGAUGAUGAAGUGGAGCGGGAGGAGAGAAGACGUGCGGAGAUAAUCAAGAAGUUAUUCGUUUAUUAUUUGAAGGGAAAGUCGGAUAUCCACGUGGACAAGGUGUUAUUCAAUGGAGUGAGAAAUUUGGAAAACGUCCAAGUAAAGAUAAGUAUGACAGUUAAUAAGUUGAGCGCCCAUCUCUGCAAUAUUGCUGACUUUCAUAUGAUGAUUAACCUCAAGAGCCCACUCCAAAAGCUUUAUCUCACUAACCAAGUCAUUAUUCUGGAUCAUCCCAUUGUCCAUACCGCCAGGAGUCUCAUUCUUAAAUCAAACAAACGAGGGCGGUUCAAUGAGUUUCAGAAUCAGUUGGAGGAGGUUGAUAAUCAUUUCCAUCCAGAAGCGCCAAGAUUUCUGAUACCAAUCAAUGGAACAUCACUCAGGAUUCAAGUAUAUGGAAGGGUUAAUCGUGAAGAUUCAAUACUUGUGUUGAGCGUUGUGGAAGUUUGA